AUGCAAGCGGGCGCGACGAAAAUGAAGGCUCUCGUUGGUGGCGACGCUGGUGGCUACCGGCUUGCCGAAGAUGUCGACAUUCCUGCUCCCAAGCCUGGCGAACUGCUUUGCCGUGUGUAUGCGGUAGCUUUGAGCCCAUACGAUGCCAAGAUUGUCGACUUCUCGAAUAUACCCGGCGCAGUCGGCGGCUGUGAUUUCGCUGGAAUUGUUGUCAAGUUAGGCGAAGGGGUGACGCGAUUCAAGGAGGGCGAUCGCGUCUUUGCGGUGACAUUCGGGCUCAACCCCUCAGACAAGACAGCGGGUGCUUUCGCCGAGUACGCUCUGGCAACAGAAGACCUCAGCUGCCAUGUUCCGGAAAGCUUGUCUUGGACUCAGGCAAGCUCAAUGGGUCUGGGUAUAGCUACUGCUGGUCUUGCGUUGUUCCAAGCCCCGGGCCUGGAGCUGGACCUUGCGCAUCUCAAGUCGGCGGAUGCCGAGAAGAGACCAUACGUUCUCGUGUCGGGUGGCGCGACAGGCACUGGAACCAUGGCCAUUCAGUUCCUGAAGAGGUGAGUGAAGGAAACCAGCUCAAGCCGCGCCAAAACGGUCCCAAGCGUAGGAGACCUCUCGACUGACUCUGCUCUUGCAUCCAGUGCCGGCUACACGCCCAUCGCGACAUGUUCGCCUGCCAACAAUGCCCUGUGCAAAUCCUAUGGUGCUGAAGCCUGCUUCGACUACAACUCAGCGACGUGUGGCGCCGAUAUCCGCGAACACACCAACGACAGCUUGACCCAUAUCUUUGACUGUGUGACCGACGCUGCAACGAUGAAGAUGUGUUACGCAGCGAUGAGCUCUUCCGGCGGCCGGUACAUUGCUCUCGAAGCCCUCUCUUCGAUUGUCAAAUACACGCGACGAGACGUGCGCGCGGACUGGCUCAUGGCUCCUACGAUUACAGGAGCCCCGGUCCAGCUACCGGGCUCAUACGGUCGUCCGAGGACACAGGAACAUCGAGAAUUCGGCAAGAGGUUGUUCUCGCUGGCGGAGGAGUUGGUGCAGGAGGGGAGGAUCCGGAAUCAUCCUGUUGAGGUUCGGGAGGGUGGCCUGGCGAGCAUCCCUAGAUAUGUUAACGAUUUGCGGCUUGGAUACGUGCGAGGUAAGAGACAAGUCGUUCCGCUGGUCGCGUAG